AUGACCUCGGCAAAGUCCAAAGCCAGUGAAAGCGGCACAUCAAAGAACGACACGGCGGGCACAUCAACAGCCUCACACGAUACACCACCGGCCUACGAUGGCUCCUCCACCUCCGAGCCACCACCAACCUACGAAUCCGUCGGACGCGCCCUAACGGCCCUGUCCCAAGGCGACCCAGACGAGUUAAUCCUAGUUCCGUUUGUAACUCGAACCGUGGGCUUCAGCAUUCACAACUACAACCCUUUUUCACACAAGCAAGGCGAGAUCCGCCAGUCGAUUGUGACGCGCCGCAUGAAGCGCUCGCAUUACCUCGCCCACUACGUCAAGGACAUGAACGGCAACUUUGUCGGCACCAGCACUCCGGCGGUAGAUGCGGCUCUCGUAUUCGUGCCGGGCAAGAGUAGCCCCGAGGACUCGCUGCGCCAGGUCAAUGAGGUGGCGUUCAAGGUGCAGAGGUUGAGGGGCGAUGGUAUUGGUGACUGGGGGAAGCCGUUGCAGGACCAUCCAGCAGGAUAUGGUGGGGGUGGAAUGGCCAUGUAG